CACUUCUACCAAACACAAAGAUCAAGAGAGAAAAAAUGGGAGGGAUCAAAAGCGGCGAGAAAACGAGCGUUUUGGUGGUCGGAGCGACGGGUUACUUAGGGAAGAGAAUCGUGAGGGCGUGUUUGGCUGAAGGUCACGAAACUUACGUUUUGCAGCGGCCAGAGAUUGGUCUCGACAUCGAGAAAGUCCAACUCCUUUUUUCAUUCAAGAAACUCGGCGCUCGUCUUGUCGAAGCUUCUUUCUCUGACCACCAAAGCCUCGUAUCGGCCGUGAAACUCGUAGACGUCGUUGUCUCCGCCAUGUCGGGCGUUCACUUCCGUAGCCAUAACAUCCUUGUCCAGCUUAAGCUUGUUGAAGCCAUCAAAGAGGCUGGUAAUGUCAAGCGGUUUUUACCAUCUGAGUUUGGUAUGGAUCCACCACGUAUGGGACAUGCUUUACCACCAGGAAGAGAAACGUUCGACCAAAAACUGGAAGUGCGUCAUGCUAUUGAAGCUGCCGGAAUACCUUACACUUACGUUGUUGGCGCUUGCUUUGCCGCAUAUUUUGCCGGAAACUUAUCUCAGAUGGAAACUUUACUCCCUCCAAAGAAAAAAGCUAAUAUAUAUGGAGAUGGAAACGUAAAAGUGGUGUUCGCCGAUGAAGACGAUAUCGCAAAAUACACCGCAAAAACACUAGACGAUCCACGAACAGUGAACAAAACCGUGUACAUCAGACCUCAGGACAACGUUCUCACGCAAAAUGAAUUGGUUAAGAUUUGGGAAAAGCUAACCGGAAAUGAUUUGGAGAAAACCAAUAUUGCGGCAAAAGACUUCCUUGCCAACAUUGAACACAUGGAGAUUCCACAUCAAGCAGGGAUAGGACAUUUUUAUCAUAUAUUCUAUGAAGGAUGUCUCACUGAUCACAAAGUUGGAGAAGAUGAAGAAGCGUCAAGUCUCUAUCCGGAUGUCAAGUACAGGCGUAUGGAUGAUUAUUUAAGAAUGUUCCUCUGAUUACAAUUAGGUAAAAUCAUAUCUAUAAUAAAUAUUCAUAUCAUAAGUUUGAAGUUUUUAUAUUCAUGUAUUUUCGUGUUACUCAAAGUUGAAUGUACUCAUUAUGCAACAAAUAUAUAUGAUCUGUUCUUUUCUUAA